UUAUGUGAAUGCAUAUAUUACACAUCUUUUAUCAUUUUUUAAACAUUCUCUCAAGUUUUUAUUUAAUAUGAGUUAAGAAUACAUGUACAUACAUAUAGUAGAAUUUCAUAAAUUCUCUAUAUUAGUGACAUUAUUUAAUAAAUACGGAAAUUUCUUAUAAAAUGUUGUGCAAAAGUAUUGUGUAUUCUGUUCAAAAGAGUCCGAAACCUCGUCAACUUCAUCAUAUGCCAAAAGCACCAUUACCUGGAGAACCUGCAAAACCAUAUACACUUACUGAAAUUCCUGGACCAAGGUCAGAAGCACUUCUCAAUGAACUUUCUAAAAUUCAGCAAGUAGGCUCCAUUCAAUAUUUUGGAGACUACCAAAGAUCUGUUGGAAAUUACUUAGCAGAUAUUGAUGGAAAUGUUUUUUUAGAUAUGUUUAUGCAAUUAUCUACCCUUGCUCUUGGAUAUAAUCAUAGGUCAAUCCUUGGUGCAUUAUCUUGUGGAGGAAAUCAACGAGUAAUAGCAAACAGACCUGCAAUAGGAUUAUUCCCUGGUUUAGAGUGGCCGUGUAAAAUACAGGAUACAUUGCUUCAACCAUGUGUAGCUCCAAAAGGGUUACCAUGCAUUUUUACAGCCAUGUGUGGUGCUUGUUCAAUUGAGCAUGCUAUACAAAUGGCAUUCAUAAAAUAUGCAGAAAGACAUCGACGUGGCAAAGAUUUUACAGAGGAAGAAAAGGAAAGUGCACCUUUUAAUAAACCACCUGGUUGUCCUGAAUUGUCUAUCCUUUCCUUUGAAGGAGGAUUUCAUGGUAGAACAUUUGGUGCACUGGCAUUAACGCAUUAUAAGUACAUAAUGAAAAUUGAUAUACCUUCUCUUCAAUGGCCAAUUGCACCCUAUCCACAGUAUUUAUAUCCAUUGGAUCAGCAUGAAAAAGAAAAUAAAGAGGAAGAUGCUCGGUGCUUGGAACAAAGAUCUAUUCCUUUCAUAUUGGAUGAAAUACAAACAGGAGGUGGUGCAACAGGAAGAAUAUGGGCACAUGAAUAUUUUGAAUUAAACAUUCCUCCUGAUAUUGUUACAUUUAGUUACAAAAUGCAAGCUAGUGGAUUUUAUCAUUCUCCCGAAUACAUGCCCAAGCAACCAUAUAGAGUUUUUAAUGCAUGGAUGGGAGAUCCAAUCCAAAUUUUACUGUUAGAGGCAGUAUUACAAACCAUUGAAGCAGAAGACUUAUUAACUCAUGUAUGUUAUGUCGGCAAUUAUUUGCUUUGUCAACUAAACACCUUACAACAUGAAUUUUCGGAUAUUAUAAGUUCCGUACGAGGUAGAGGCUUUAUCAUUGCCUUUGAUACGAGAUGUAGGGAUAUGAAACAGAAAUUAAUGCAUCUUUUACGUAAUAAAGGUAUACAAGUGGGCGACUGCGGAACAAAAUCAAUUCGAUUAAGACCAUGUCUAAUAUUCGGAGAAUAUCAUGCCGAUAUCUUUUUAGAAAUUCUGCGCGAUUGCUUGCAAGAACUUGCAGAGUGCUGAUGUAUUUGUAAAUUAUA